GACAUUUAUAAAUAAAUACACAUAUGAAACAAAAGUAUAUAACAAAAAUGUAUCAAUUAUUCCAUGCAUCAGUUUUCUUCUUUAUAAAAAAUUACAGAUUUGUAAAGAAAACAAAUGAAGAGUUUUGUUGCUAUAAACUGUUUCUAAUAAAGCGGGACAUAGAAGGAUAAAGUGAUCUUUAGUGUAAAGGUAGUGCCCCCCCCCCCCCCUUAAACUUAGGAAGUAGUCAUCAUACUAGAUAAUUUACUUACAUAAAUUACUUUAAAUAUUCUUAACACUGAAACAUACAAUGCCAGUAAAGCAUUUGCAUGCUGAAAAAAACCCACUCUUUUUCCAUUUAUAUGUAAAUAAAUAUCCUUUAUCUCUAUUUGAUUGCAUGUAUUUUUAUUAUUAUUAUUGCGUAAUGCAACCCAUGUUUUAUAAAAACUAAACCAUGCCAGUUUACUUGUUAUAUAGGCAUGUACCAUGUAUCAAGAUAUUUAUUAUUUCUGAAACUGGCUAUAAGAUUAAUCCAGAGAAAAUUCAUCAUUAAAAGCCUAUAUUAAAAGCAAAAAUGUUUUCUGUAUUUGAUGGUAUUUGUUACUACAUAUCCUUUGUUGAACUUGAAAGUAUCUAUUAAUGACACAAUGGCUUCAGGAGAUGUGUCGUGCCCCGGUGUAGAUGUUUAAAACAACAACUCUCUUGUAUCCCCUCCACCCUUGUCAGCAAUAUAUUGGCAUUGUGUUUUUAUAAGUGUAUGGCUUCAAACACCUGCCUUAUAAAACUGAAGUCAUUAGUAAGCAGGUUAUUUGGAGUCUACAGUUGGAGGAGAGAAGACUCAAAAUGUCAAAAUGGCGUCACCAUUAUCGGAAAAAGUGCAACUUUGUCCACAUUGCAACAAGUUCCUUUCUAGUAGAACAGUUUUGCGACACCGAAAGUUGUAUGGCAAAUCAAAAAGACGGGCAUGGCGACCUGCACUGCAUGUGCCAUCUAUUGGUGCACAUUCUCUGCCAUUGGCAGACCAGACUGACGAGGAGUUUGUUGACAUGUCUGCAGCUUCAAGAGAAAUUCCAGAAGACACAGUCAUGAUGGAUGAAGCAAGUGGACUCGAAGAUGACCCAGAGACAGAGUUGGACACAUCUGGUUGUAGUGAUGAUGAUGAGGAUGGUCAAGCAGCACAACACUGGGAUGAAGCAGAAGAGGAACUGGAAAGGGACAUUACCAGCAGAGACCAGAGAAAACAACACAACAAAACAAAGUGGUUCAAGAAAACAAAUGCAGAUCUUGGUUACCUCCACCCGAUCACUGUUUGGCAGAAACGAGUGCAGAAUGAUGGCCCUGCAUCCUACAUACCGAUUCAGAGGAUACUGGGAAAGUGUGCUUGGACCAUCAAGAAACAUGGUGUUCAAAAUUUCAUUGUUGUGUCGCCAUUACCACGCCAUGUGUUUUCUUAAAAACAGUGAAGUGAAAAUCAUUCAGAUUAAUUUGGAUUAAUUUCAUUCUUGUGAGUAUUCUAAAUUGGAAAAGGAAUCAAACCAGAGAUAAAAUAUUAAUAACUUUAUUGUAUCACUGAAAUGAGGAUUAAGGUAUGUAAAUAUUGUGUACAUAUAUGUAAAUAAAUCACAGGACAUAUUGCUAAAUAUAUCCACUUUCAGUCUCCCUGCAACUCUGUUGUUGCACUAUUUUCUGUACUUCAAUCGUUACAAUGCAUUGUUUUAGUGCAGAUUUUAGAGUGGUGAGGGAUAUGGAUGUAUUUGUAAAAUGUGAUAACUUAAAUUUGUUGAGUCUUAAUAGUGUGAACAAAUUUAACUGUAUAUCGUUGUAUGUUAUUUUUAGUUGGCUUCGAAAUAAGUUUAUAUCUAGUUGCAUGUAACUUAUAACCUUUAGGUAUAGUGCUUUUAACUAUGUAAUUUUUUCUAGUCUUAGUUUUGAAGUAUUUUACUGACAAUUUCAAGUCAGGUGUGUAACAUUUUAAUUAUGAGUCUAUAUUGUAAUUGCAUUUAAAUUAAUUAACAUGAUCUAGUCCAUCAAAUCCAUAAUUAUACUGAUUGAACAUGAAAGUUUAUUACCAUAUAAGAAACAAUUUUUAUUGGUGAGCUCAGCAUAUCGAAAGUUUUUUAUUUUUCUCUUUAGACUAAUUAGUACGUUAUUUAAACUAAAAAUAAGUAUUGGGACCUUUAUCAUUGUAAUGGCAUUAUGGCUUAAUUUAAGGCAUUAUCUGAAUAAUCUUGAACACAAAUUCAAGAAGUUUUUCUGAAAUUUUAACGUUAGCACAAAAACCAUCCUUUGAAGUUCCGUAUACAUAAUGAUUUAAUAUUAGUUAUGAAGAGUUAGGUACACAAGAGAAGAUAUGUUUAGUAACAAUAAUCGAAUAAAGAAUUUUUGUCAGCAAAAAUAUAUAAUCAACAUUCAAGUUUAGACAAUGAGUCAGAUGAAGGUAAACAAUUUUCUAAGGAACCAUGAUAUUGAAUAAAAAAAAAAGGCUCUUGAAAAAGGAGGCCUCCACGUGGCAAGAGCUGGGCAACUGUAUCAUAUUUUUCAAUCUAUCAUCAUGAUCAUUAUCAGUUUAAUAUAUAUAAUUCAUUAUUGCUCUGAUAGAUUUGAACGAUACUGGCAAACAUCCUUUUUUGAAUCCUUCACAUUUAGAUUUUUUUUAAAUAUUUUGUUUAAUGUGUGUCAGAAGCUUUAAAUGUGCAAAGGACUUUUAGAAUUUAUGAAUUUUAUAUUUUCAUCAUUUCUCAUCAUAUUCUGUUAUGUCAAUAUGCUAUAAAAACCAAUAACAGAUGUGAAAUGAGUCCAUGUAUCAAUGACUUAUUUGUUAACUUAGUAGGAUCAUAUUAAAUAUCUAAAAUGUAUAAUUGAAUUUUUUCCUUUUAUUUAAACACUUAAUGGAGCAAACAGAACAAAGGACAUGAGAAUAUUGAUAAAACUUUUGUUUUCUAUACAGAUGUAGUGAAAAAAAAAACCAUUUGAUUUUAUCAAAGAAAGUAUUAUCUUAAUAUUUCAAUUAAACAUUACUACCUCUCUGUUUGACAUUGAUUAAAAAUGAUAUUUGAAUUUCAUUUAUAGUUUCAGCAUUGCGGAAACUAUUUGGAAUCACUUUAUUAGUUUCCGCAGUCUGAAACUGUAUUGAAAUUUGCUGAAACUUUUUAGAUAUACUAGUUAUGCAUUUAUCAAGAUUUCAGUUUUGGUUUCCUGGAUGCGGAAACUAUUUGGAAUCUUGGUCCAAGUUUCUGCAGACUGAAACUAGAUUGAAAUUUACUGAAACUAUUUUGUAUUAUGGUUAUGCCUUUAUCAGAAUUUCCACAAUGUUUCUGCAAUGCGGAAACCAUUUGGAAAUGAAAUAUUAAGUUUCAGCAGACUGAAACUAUAUGGAAACUAACUGAAACAAUAUUAUGGUUUCCGCACUGCGGAAACUAUAAGUGAAACCUCAACUUCAAGUUUCAGCAAAGUUUCCAUAUAGUUUCAGUUUUGCUGAAACUU